AUGGGAGCCAAACCCAGUAAAAGCAGUGAUCAUCGACUUUCGAUAUCGUUUAAGAAUAACAAUAGAAGAAGUGACAGGUCUGCGCCCAAUAACAAAAGGAAAAGUAAUUUCAGAGCAGCUUUGUCACCGACAUCAAACCGAAAAAAGAAAGCACCUACAACAAAAGCAACAUCAGUAGCAGCAGUAGAAUUAACAAAUAAACUGUUAAAUGAGGGCAAUCAGCAAUUGAGCUUAUCAUCAAUUCAACAACAACAGCAACAGCAUUCCUCUUGUAUAACAGAAGAUGAAUUAAUCAGCGUCGGGAAUAAUGAGUCAACUAAUCAUCAAGCUUCUUCCCCAGCUGAAGUGAUGAUGUUCAAAGAUGAAAACAAAAAUUAUAACCUAGCAAAAUCAUCGACCAGCAGUUACAUUAGUAUGAAGCGAUCGUCACCUAGUAGUAGCAGUUUAACAUACGACCUUUCUAAAUUGAAGAAAUCACGUCGGACAAAAGCAUCCUCUCCAUCAGUUAUAAGAGCUAAUAGUACUACGGUUGCCAACAAUAAUACUAACCAUACACAUAUAUCAGUCAUGAGUAAUUACAGUUCAACGACUAACCCAAGUGAUGCUGGUCUUUAUAUGAACAACAAGAGUAAUCUGAGUAGUGGCUGGACUACCCUUUCUAAUGAUCCAUUCUCUCAGAUUGAGGUCGAAGCCGACACGUCAGCUUUCACUGAGAUUACCGACCAUUCUACUAUAUCAACAAGAAAAUCGCUACUACUUCCUGUCAUAGAAUCAUCAUUAUUGCCGCCCUCGUAUUAUGACAAGUUUUACAAUUUUGAAGAGAAAACACCGACAAUAUCACCUGAGUUAACAGCACAAAAUAUACUAACAGAGAUAGUUAGUAGACAACAGCAGGAAGGUCAACAAUCUCACGUCAUUAUUGGUGAUGUCUACAAAAGAAUUCAGCGACUAAAUGAUCCUUACAGUUGGUCACAGUUCUACCAAGCCAUUCAGCAGUACGUCUCCUCAUUAACAACAUCAGACGCUGAUCAAAACAAUAAAAGUGUUGCUAUUAUCUAUCUGGCCAAAUGCCGCAUCAGUGGCCUGGGAGUUACCACCGAUAUUGAAGGUGGUCUUCAAUUACUGACCUCGCACACGUCAUGUGAGACUCUGUAUGCGUUAGGUCACUGUUAUUCAGAAGGAUUGCCCAACGGUGUGCUUGAGAUCAAUAAAACGAAAGCCUUCUCACAUUUCAAACAAGCCAGCGAAUAUGACGCAACUAUUAACGAAUCUAUAAAAUCUACAGUGGGAGAAGCACAGUGUUCAAUGGCACAUAUGCUUUUUCAAGGUGAAGGAGUUACACAAAAUAUAGAAGAAGCCAUGAAGUUUCUAAUGAAAAGUGCCGAAAACGAUAACAUGUAUGCACAAUUUUUAAUUGGCGCUCAUUACGAGCGUGGCAUAGACAUUGCUCAAGAUCUUGAAUUGGCAACAUAUUAUUAUCGAAAGAGCGCAGAAAGUGGCUUUCCAGAAGCACAAGCUGCAUUAGGAAACAGAUUAAUAUCAGACAAUAUCUCGACUAGCCCUGACUUUAUCUGUGGUAUUGAAUGGCUGGAAAAAGCGACGCAAUCUGGAAAUAGCCGCGCACAUGUACAACUCGGUAUUCUAUACGACAAAGGAAUCGAAAAUGUGCUUGAACAAAAUGAUGAUAUAGCCUUGCUUCAUUAUAAGGCCGCUGCUGAAAGCAAGAACCCAGCUGCUCAAUAUAUUCUAGGCCUUGUAUAUUAUUUUGGCCGAUUAGGCAAGCAGAAAAAUCACAAUGAAGCGGUUCGAUUAAUUAAACAAUCGGCUAUGGCCGGUUUGCCAUAUGCCCAACGUGUGCUUGGACAAUUCUAUCAGCAGGGCGUCAUUGUCCUUUCAUCUUCAUCGUCAUUAACACAACAGCAACAAGAUAAGCAUCAAGAAGAGAAGCAGUUAAACGUAACAGAACAAAAAGUAAUUGUCAGCGAUGAUAAUAGUGAAAUAACUCUCCAACAAAGAGCAUAUCAGCGUAUCAAAAGGAAUGAGCGAGAAGCCGUCCGUUGGUAUAAACGCGCUGCUGCAGGAAAAGAUAUUGUUGCAUUAGGAAUCCUUGGCAAAUGCUACGAGCUGGGUACUGGUGUAGACGUCGAUUUGGAAAAGGCAUUGGCACUCUACGCCAAAGCAACUGAAAUGAGUAAUAAUCCUUAUGUUAGAAAUGCACAGAUAGAUCAAGCUUUGCUGCUUCAAAGAACUGGCCGGCAUUUUGAAGCAUUCGAAAUCUUCAGUGAUGUAUUAAAUCACUGCAAAAACGCCGUCGAUGAGACUAAUUGCAACGAGAACAAAAUCAUUCAGGAGCCUUACAACAUUGCACAGUUAUCCGUUGCAAGAUACUAUCUUUGCCGCAAUAUCAAAGGCAUUAAUUAUAACCCGAUGUUAGCUCACACCAUGUUAUGCGAUUUGAUUCAGCGUGAUACCAAUAAUGCGCAUGCUCAUUAUUGGUUAGGAUCUAUCUAUGAUGAAGGCAUUCCAGGCUUCUUUGAGAUUGACCGACUAAAAGCUUUCCAGCAUUUUAAAAUUGCUGCUGAAGCAGGUGAUAACGAUGCUACAUUCUUGGUUGCAUACAUGAUGUCUAACUAUGUCAUUCCCUUGAAGGGUCCGGCUGAUGCAUUUCCUUGGUACCUUAAAGCUGCCACUCGAGGUCAUCCCAUGUCUAUGUAUUCUGUUGGUCUUUGCUUUUAUAAAGGCAUUGGUCAGGAAAAUGGUGUGCCUCAAUUAGAAACUGCAUUAGGAUGGUUUGAGAAAGCUUCUCGACUUGGUGUAGCUGAAUCAAACUCUUACAUGGCUCGCAUUUAUUUUCAAUUCAUGAAUCUCCAUUACACAAACAAUGAAUCAGAACAAGCUCAACAGCAAUUUGUAAAUGCGAUACAGUGUCUUAAAAAAGCACUUGAUAAGCAGGAUACAUAUGCUCAAAGAGAACUUGGAAAGAUUUACUUGACUGGCAAAGGGUUAGAAAAAGAUCACGGUAUGGCCGUAGAUCUUCUAGAGAAGGCAGCAGCAAAACAAGAUCCAGAGGCUCUGACAUUCUUAGGUGAUUGCUACCAUAAAGGAACAGGUGUAAUAAAAAACCUUGAAAAAGCUGUCCAAUUGUACUUGCUCGCAGCUGAACUUGGCUAUCCAUAUGCUUACUCUGCUACGGCCGAACUAUAUUUUGAAAUUGGAAAAAUGGACCUUGCUUACAACUACUAUCUACUUGCUUCGAAAGAGCAAAGGAUUGUCCACAAUAGAAUUGGAAAAACUGCGCGAAUGAUGGUUGCCAGAAUUGCAUUAAAAUAUAGUCCUCAUACACAAAGACUUCAACAAAAUACGUCAAUGCCACAGUACAACCACGCGAACAACGAUCUUCAUCUUUUCUCAGAAUCCAGCAACGUCAUUAGUCCUCAAACUGCUUUCAACAUUCUUCAUACGCUUGCUACUCGAGAGCAAUUUCCACAAGCCUUCCAGCCCCUAGCCUUAUGCUAUGCCAAUGGAACAGGCACAGAAGUUAAUCUCACAGAAGCUACUUUUUGGUUUCGUAAAUCAGCAGAAGAGCUUCAAGACAGCGUUGCAUACUACCACUUGGCCAAUCUGCUAUUACAGCCAUUGAUUAAAGGUGAUCGGACUGCUGACAAUGAAGAGUCACUCUUAGCUCUAUCCUAUCUUCGUAAAAGCGCUGAACUGGAAUAUCCAGAAGCCCAAUACCAAAUGGGGAUGAUCUAUCUUCAUGGUAAAUAUGGCAUUUGUGUAGACGAACGUGUCGCAGCCAACUGGUUUAAAUCAGCUGCUUCCAGGUCGCACGCUGAAAGUUGUUGGAUGUUGUCUCAGUUAUCUGCAUUAAUCCACGAAGACGAACUUGAAUUCCAGUACCAAAAACAAGCGGCAGAAAUGGGACAUGUGCUUGCCAUGCGUGUUGUGGGCCGAAAAUAUCUCAAACAACUAGAGAAAUCAUCACAACAUCAUCAACAACAGUUAGAAAAUUUGGAGCAAGCAUUGAAAUACCUUCAUAUGGCAGGUGACGCAGGCGAUAUUGAAUCAUUAGUCCUACUUGGGAAAACUUACAAUAGCUGUACAAAGACACGAGUUCGAUUUUCUGCUUCACAUAUUAGUGAUAAGAUGAGAUCGUUGCCAACACCAGGUGAAGCAUAUGACUGUAGUAAUUCUCAGCCAACGCCGUCGUCCCCAGAGUCAUCUAAAGAUGAUAUCAUCGAAGAGUCCGAAUCCCGUUUUCAACGUGAAGAAGAUGAAAAAAAUCUCGCAAUUCAAUGUUUCGAAAGGGCGUCUCAAUUAGGAGAUUUAGAUGCGACAGUGUACGCAGCUGAAGCAUGGUAUGAACAAAAGCAAUACGCAGCAGCAUUGGAAUAUUUUGAAAAAGCAUCCCAACAAGGUAGUACACUUGCCCGUUUCUUCUGCGCUCGUUAUCUCAUUGAAGGAUAUGGAGGUAGUGAACUGAACCCAGAAAAAGGAUUUAAAGAACUUCUGAUUUGCGCCAAUGAACUCAACUGCAUUCAUGCUUUUAAUACAUUGGCGCAAUGUUACGAAAAUGCCAUUGGUACAGAAAAAAAUGAUCACCUCGCGUAUCAAUGGUAUCUUCGUGCGGCAGAAACAACGCAUGACGCUGAAGCUUAUUACCGCAUAGGACAGAUGUUUGCUCAUAAUAGAAUUCUCCUUGCCAAUACCGAUCAAAAUAAGGACCUCGAAGCUUUUAGAUAUUAUGACCUUGCCGUAAACGCAACACCCAGUAGCCAUGGACCCUCUUGCUAUGAAUUAGGAAUGUACUAUCUUAAUGGUAUACAAAAUACGGCAUCAGAGGGUGUAGUGGAAGAAGAACGUUUAUUAGAUCCUGAUAUCUGCUUAGCCAUCGAAUACUUCAAGAGUGCUGCUGAUUUAGGUGUGCAAAAAGCUAUGUAUCAGUUAGGAAUUUUAUUUCUGAACGAUGAUUAUACCGUGGAAGAACAAGAAGAAGGGUUGUAUCAACUGCAACGUGCUGCAGAACUUGGCUUAAGAGAAGCACAAUUUGAACUUGGUUUAUAUUAUCAUCGCGGCAAAGAAAUCGCACUUCCCACUCAAAGCCUGCAUAAUGUAAAGCAUACUGAUAAUAUACAUGAUGACUCCAACAAGGACGAUUGUAUGCAUGAAGGUAAUGAAGAGUACAUUAUUGUUCCUCAAGAUUUCGAAAAAGCUUUCGAUCUGUUUUGCCGUGCAGCAGUUCAACGACAUCCAACUGCUGCCCUUUAUCUCGGUAUAUACUAUCAGCAUGGCAUCUUUGUCGCUCCUGAUCUUGCCAUCGCUUUGGAACAAUAUGAGAUCGCUGUACAACUAUUCGAGGAUUGUCCUACUGCUCCAGAUCGAUGGCAGGCCGAGUUUAAUAUGGCACGUAUUUUACAUCAGGAUAUUGAGAGUCAAACACGUGCUUAUGAACUCUUUCAGGCGGCCCAUAUGCAUGCACCGGAACAAUACAAAUUUUUGUCAAAGAUCAUGAUAACAAGAUACCAUUUACACGGGUUAGCAGGCGUAACGCAUCAACCCCAUGAAGCCGCUGCUACUCUUAUCCAUUUUGCUAAUGAAGAAGAAUAUGGUUAUCGUGUCUAUCUUGAUGUUGCUCAAUGUUUCGAAGGUGGUAAGGGGGUAGAGAAGAAUCUUGCUCAAGCAUUUUAUUGGUAUGGCGAAGUAAUUAAUAAGGUGCAUCAAGUACUCGAAGAACACCAACAACUGCAACAACAAUUACAACAGCAGCAACAAGUACUUCCUUUAACACUCAUGGAUGAAGAAAUCGAAGAGAAUGAAGCAAUAGCCAUGUUCAAAUUGGCUGAAUUUUACAGAAAUGGUAUAGUCGUUCAGCAAGAUAUAGCCAAAGCAGAUGAUUUAUACCGAUUGGCUGCUCGAAAAGGCUGUCAUGCCGCACAAGAGUAUUUGUCCAUGAUGCUCCAAUCUACCACCCUACAUGAUGAUUAG